AAAACAUCUUGACUUGAUGUUUGUAGACUUUUCUUGACUUCAUUUUGUCAUAUUAAAUAAUUUGAAAGAGCUUUGAAGGUGCUUGUGGGCCUGUUUUUUUCUUGUAAUCUUUUCAUUUCUUCUUAUUUUUAAUUGGGUUUUGGUUUUCAAACUACAAGUUGGGAUGGUAAUGUGAUUACAGGUCCCAUUAACAGCAGUUUUUUUUUUGUUUAUUGACAUGGGUUUUUAAUCUUUUGAUUUUAUUUUUUUUUCUCCUAUAGUUUCCGAGUCUUUUGUCUUAUUUGGAUUGAGUUUAUCUUGUUUUUGUCCAUAAGCUUUGUUGGAGAUGUGAGUAUAGGUUAUAUAUACAGAAGUUUUCUUAAUAUUUCUGACAUGGGUUUCUCUUAUCUUCCGAUUUUUCUAUAGUUGAUUCAGAAUUAUGUUCUUACUUGAAUUGGGUUUUUAUUUUUCCACAAGUUUUAUUCUGAUGUUAUCACAGGCUCACAGCAUUUUCCUCAAUGUUAGGGACUUGGGUUUUUGCAAUCAUUUGAUUUUUUAUGCUGUUUUGAAAACAUCUCUCUUGAUUUAAAUUGGGUUCUUGCAUGCUCAUAAGCUUUCAUGGAGAUGAUACAAGUAGCUAUCAGUAUAGCAGUUCACUCAGUGUUCUUUAUUUGGGUGAUAGUAGAAUUUUUCAUGGAGUGGAAGAGAUGUUUGGAUGAUGAAGAAAUAAAACAUGAAACAGUUGAUAGAAAAUAUAUGGUUCUGAGUGUGGUUGUUGUUAUUUGUAAUGUUUUAAUCUCUAUUUCCUAUCUGGGUUUUCUUGUUUUUGAGAUUUGGAAGCUUGAAACCAUCUCCCUGGAGUCUGUUUUCCCUGCAUUGACUUGGAUUCUAGUGACUCUUUUAACAAUCUAUUGCAAGAGAAAAACAAUUAGAGAAAACAACAAGUGGCCUUUAGUCUUGAAAUUUUGGUGGGUUCUCUUUUGCAUUUUGAAUACCUUCACCAUCUCCAUCUACCUAGUAAGUCUUUUGGAACACAUGAAGUUGCUGGAAUUUCUCCCUGUCGCAAAAUUCUCCAAUUUUGCUUCCUUUCCCUUCUCUGUCUUUCUCUGUUUCAAUUCACUUGGGGUUAAUUCUAGCAAGUCGCUCCGAAAACUGAAACACCCGCUGUUAUUAAAAGAAGCUGACGGCAUCAAUGGAGAUGCAUGUGCCAAUGCUGGAAUUUGGAGCCGACUUACAUUUCGGUGGCUUAACCCUCUCUUCGAAGAGGGUCGGAAGCAAAAACUCGAACUCUGUCAUGUGCCACCAAUCCCUGAAUCCGAAUGUGCAGAAAAGUCCUACUCCUUGUUACAAAAAGCACUUCGCAAACAGAAAACCGAAGCUUCGUCGCUGCCAAAUGCUAUCAUUCAUGCUGUCUGGAAACCUCUGGCCAUAAACGCAGUUUUGGCAGGUAUAAACACUCUUUCUUCCUAUGUGGGUCCCUUUCUAAUCACCAAUUUCGUCAACUUCAUAUCGGGAAAAGAUGAGGAUCUGAGCCAUUGGUAUGGUUACAUGCUUGCAUUCUUCUUCUUCUUUGGAAAAACGGUUGAAUCGCUUUCUCAGCGGCAUUGGUAUUUUGGUGCACAUCGGAUCGGUAUCCGGGUCCGAGCUGCACUCAUGGUAUCAAUAUACCAUAAGUCUCUUCUAGCCAGGUACCCGGGCGUUAGUAAUGGGAAAACUGUGAAUUUCAUCAACGUAGAUGUCGAAAGGAUUGGUGACUUCUGCUGGUAUGUCCAUGGAAUCUGGCUCCUCCCCAUCCAGGUCUCUUUGGCUCUGAUCAUCUUGUAUCGGAAUCUCGGUGGGGCCGCCUCGGUGGCUGCACUACUCGCAACAGUUAUAGUGAUGGUUAGCAACACCCCAUUAGCCAAUCGGCAGGAAAGGCUCCAUUCCAAGAUCAUGGAAGCUAAGGACUCAAGAAUCAAAGCCACUGCAGAGACUCUGAAGAGCAUGAGAAUCUUGAAACUGCAUUCUUGGGAAAGUGCCUACUUAGAAAAGCUCCUCAAGCUUAGAGAAACUGAAAGGAGUUGGCUGAAAAGAUAUCUCUAUACAUGCUCAGCUGUUGCCUUUCUCUUUUGGGCCUCUCCAACUUUAAUUUCAGUUGCGACGUUUGGCGUCUGCAUUUUAGUGAAAAUGCCAUUAACUUCGGGUACGGUUCUAUCGGCUUUAGCUACUUUUCGGAUCUUACAAGAACCCAUUUACAAUCUCCCAGAACUUGUGUCCAUGAUCACCCAGACGAAGGUCUCGAUCAAUCGGAUCGAAGGAUUCAUUAGAGAAGAAGCUCAAAAGAAGACAAUGUGUAAUUUCAAUCCAAAGACAUCUGACAUCGCGGUUGAAAUCAAAAUGGGUGAGUACACAUGGGAUGCUGAUUCAAAUUUGAACAAGCCUACAAUCAAGAUCAGUGAGAAGAUUAAUAUCAUGAAAGGGGAGAAGGUCGCAGUAUGUGGGUCAGUUGGGUCAGGAAAAUCAAGCUUACUCAGCAGCAUAAUUGGCGAAAUUCCAAGGAUUUAUGGGGAGGGGAUCAAGGUUUUUGGAUCAAAAGCUUAUGUCCCGCAAAGUGCUUGGAUCCAAACUGGAACAGUUAGAGAAAAUGUGUUGUUUGGAAAGAAGAUGGAUAAAUAUUUCUAUGAGGAUGUUUUGGAGGGGUGUGCUUUGGAUAGAGACAUCGAGAUGUGGAGUGAUGGGGAUAUGAGCGUAGUGGGCGAGAGAGGCUUAAAUCUGAGCGGCGGGCAGAAGCAAAGGAUUCAAUUGGCGAGGGCUAUCUAUAGUGAUUCCGAUGUUCAUCUAUUAGACGACCCUUUCAGCGCCGUUGAUGCACAUACUGGAGCACAUCUCUUUAAGGAAUGCUUGCUGCGACUCUUGGCUAAUAAGACUGUCAUUUAUGUCACCCAUCAGCUGGAAUUCUUGGAUGCUUCGGAUCUAGUUCUGGUAAUGAAAGAUGGAAAGAUUGUUCAAUCUGGCAAGUACGAAGAUCUGAUAAAGGACACCGAUGGCGAGCUCGUCCGACAAAUAGCCGCACACAACCAAUCUCUAAGCCAAGUGACUGCACCCCAACAACAUGGCUCCCUAACUUGCGCACCCCAGCACAUACAACAAUCAGAGCUGAAAGAAGAGAAACCCGACAACCACAACACCAACUGCAGGCUGUCUGAGAAAAUUCAAGAAGAAGAACGAGAAUCUGGACGAGUGAAAUGGCGAGUCUACUCUACUUUCAUCACGGCAGCGUAUAAAGGAGCUCUCGUCCCUGUGAUUCUUCUCUGCCAGAUUCUCUUCCAGGGGUUGCAGAUGGGCAGCAACUACUGGAUUGCUUGGGCAACUGAAACAGAAGGGAGAGUGAGCAAAGGGCAGUUGAUGGGUGUGUUUGUUUUGUUGUCUGCUGGGAGCUCCGUGUUUGUAUUGGGAAGGGCAGUCUUGCUUGCAACAAUCGCAAUUGAAACUUCUCAGAGGCUCUUUGUUAAAAUGAUUACCUGCAUUUUCCAUGCACCCAUCUCCUUCUUUGAUUCUACACCUUCUAGUCGAAUCCUCAAUAGGUCAUCUACAGAUCAGAGCACUGUCGACACAGACAUACCGUACAGAUUAGCAGGAUUGGCAUUUGCUCUUAUCCAGCUCUUGAGCAUCAUCGUUCUCAUGUCGCAAGUUGCCUGGCAGAUCUACCUUCUCUUCCUCGUCAUCCUAGCAAUCUCUGGCUGGUAUCAGGUUUACUACAUUACUACUGCUCGAGAACUCGCUAGGAUGGUUGGCAUUAGAAAAGCUCCAGUCCUCCACCAUUUCUCCGAAACCAUCGCCGGUGCUGCAACUAUCCGCUGUUUCAAUCAGGAAGAUCGAUUCCUUGCCAAAAACCUCAGCUUCAUCGAUGACUACUCAAGGAUCACUUUUCACAAUUCCGCUUCGAUGGAGUGGCUCUGCAUUCGCAUAAACUUCCUCUUCAACCUCAUUUUCUUCCUUGUUCUAAUCAUACUUGUCAGCCUUCCAAGGGACUCUAUUAGCCCAAGCCUCGCUGGACUGGCCGCUACAUAUGGUCUGAAUCUAAACGUACUUCAGGCUUGGGUGAUUUGGAACCUUUGCAACGUGGAGAACAAGAUGAUCUGUGUCGAGAGAAUCCUUCAAUUCUCGAAAAUUCCGAGUGAAGCGCCUUUGGUGAUUGAAAGCUGUAGACCAAAUCCAGAGUGGCCCACGAACGGAACCAUUGACCUUGAUAACCUUCACAUCCAAUACAGCCCCAGCCUUCCAAUGGUUCUUAGUGGGGUCACGUGCACGUUUCCUGGGGACAAGAAGAUUGGAGUAGUGGGCCGGACUGGCAGCGGGAAGUCCACCCUGAUCCAAGCACUUUUCAGGGUGGUGGAACCAUCGGAAGGGAGGAUUACGAUCGAUGGACUUGACAUUUCUAAGAUGGGUUUGCAUGAUUUGAGGUCUAGAUUAAGCAUAAUUCCGCAAGAACCGAUGUUGUUUCAAGGAACCGUGAGAACCAAUUUGGAUCCACUGACACAGCAUUCAGAUGCAGAAAUCUGGCAGGCUCUGAAUAAAUGCCGUCUCACCGAGAUAGUAAGGAAAGAUCCAAGGCUGCUUGAUGCACCAGUUGCAGAAGAUGGAGAGAAUUGGAGUGUGGGACAGAGGCAGUUGGUUUGCCUAGCCCGGGUCUUGUUAAAGAAGAGGAGGAUACUUGUGUUGGAUGAGGCUACAGCUUCUGUGGACACUGCAACUGACAAUGUAAUUCAGAAGACUAUAAGAGAGGAGACUACCAAUUGCACUGUCAUCACUGUGGCCCACCGAAUACCCACAGUCAUUGACAACGACCUGGUUCUAGUGCUUGAUGAAGGCAAAGUCAAAGAAUAUGAUUCACCCGCGCGAUUACUCAAAGACGAAUCAUCUGCCUUCUCCAAGUUGGUGAUGGAGUUCUUAGGGAGGUCUAAGAGAGAUCACCACUCACAGACAAUUUGAAGAAGAAGCCGAUGGCGGAGAUCAUCUUUUAGCUCAUCCAAGCUGUUCGACACACAGCAUAGGAGGUAACUUUCGACUACUUUGAGCACAUUCAAGUACCAUGUAAAAAUCUCAAUUCCCACGUCAAUAACAACCAUAUGUAGCAGCAUCAAUGCCAGGCGAAGCAAUAGAAGAAAUACCAACACAGAAAUUAGAUUGCAGUUUCAGCUUAUAACUCACUACAAGUCAACUCGAUCGAGUUCA